AAUGAACAAAUUAACGUGUCUUACUAUCCAUACUGCAAGUGUUGGAAAAACAAACGCAUGUGGGCGGGAACAUCUUGCAGCACUCCGGCUACAAACAAACUUGGAAGGCAGCAGCAUUCAUGGAUAUUGUGGACACCUUUAACCAUCUAAUACCCAGCGACCAGUUGGAUGAGUCCCUGAUAAUAGGCCAGAAUCUGGAAUGUGAAGCUGGUAAUGAGUUUGGGACAGGAUUGCGGGUUGAAGAUUCACUGAAGAACAUGCUCAGUGACAAAGAUCCCAUGUUUGGCUGCGCAAGCGCUCAGUUCAAUCUGCUGGACAAUGAGGACUCCACUUUUCCGAUCGCUGGCUCAACAGGUCUUGAAAGUGGUUCAGCAUCCGCAGGCCUCAGUAGUGAACCGACGGUUGCAGAGAAGACCCCAGGGAAGCGAGGCAGGCCGAGGAAACGUCCACUUUCAUUAGAAUUUGACCCACAACCCGCUAACACACCCACCAAAGCCAUGGCUCCAGGUCGACCCGGGAGAAAACCAGCCAACAGGCUACACAGGACUUCUCUUAUUGGGAAAGGGAUUAAAGGCCCCCAGCUGAAAGAAGAAUUGAUGCUAGGAGGGCGUGUCAAUGUAAAUGAUUUUGAUGGUGGAUUAUGGCUGAAACCCACGGUUGUAUUGAGACGGUUGACCGUCACAAUUGGAGGAUUCAAGAUUGAGCUGCUUCCUGGACCUUCUUAUGUGGAAACAAGCAAGUCUUCAGGCUUUGAAGAUGGAUUUACUUACGGUGGGGAUGUUGGGUUUGCCGUGUUGCCAGAUGAAGCUGUAAAUGCACAGAUUCCAUUUCAGGAGAAUGUGUCAGAGACGGAGAAGAGCUCUGCUGAUGAUGCAGCCUUUGGGCUGGGUCCGUAUGUGAAUCCUAACGACGUGCAGACCUCCAACGGGACAGUGAAGGGGAACGCCGGUGCACAAGAGACAAAACUUGACAAUCAGAAGGUUUCUGAAGAGAAGUCAGAAGUUAGUAAAGACAAACAGCCACAAAACACAGAGAAUAAUGGAACUAGUGUCAGUAAUAAGACUGAUGCUAAGGUGAAACAACAGACUGUAGUGACAACAGUGAAGCCUAAAGAAGGUGUGACCGCUAACAAGAAUAAAGACUCGGUUUCAGGUAAACCAAACAACAUUACAAAGGGACACAAAGUGUCCCAAAAUAUGCCAUCCACAAUCAUCCAAAGAGAGGACCUGCACAAAAUGAAAUCCUUAAAGGAUAAGAAAGGUGUUGCACCCUUGAAAAGGCCAGCAGAAAUCACCCAAAGUGAGCAUGCUAAUAAAAUGCAGAAGAUACAGAGCACAGGAGAAACUAAAGUGAAGCCAAAAUCGCCAAUUUCACCCACUGCUGCUGUGGUGAAAAAAAUCCCAUCGUCCGGCAACCAGGGACCAACUAAACAAACUCCUCCUCAGAAUAGCUCCAAAGCUGACCCCUCUAACCUCGCACAGGGACGUCCGGGGCAUUCUUUAAAGUCUCCGGAUGAAGGAGGGCAGGAGAAGGCCAAGCUGAAAAAGCCCGAAAAGAUCAUUCAGAGACAGAAAAGUAAAACCGCAAGAAGUAUUUCUGUGGAGGAGCCGCAGCUGUUCAUCCCAGACAACGCUCCUGUUUCGAGGAAGGAAAGUGCUGACGAGCAGCCUGCGAACAGUGAGAGUGUUUGGGAUGGAAACAACUGUUGUGGCCUGUGCAAAAAACACCACAACAACAUGUUCAUGGUGGGCUGUGGUCGCUGUGACGACUGGUUCCACGGCGACUGCGUUGGUCUGGACCUGACCAAAGUGCGAGAAAUGGAGGAGGAGGACCAGAUGUACGUGUGCUUGAAAUGUUGUGAGGAGGAAAACAAAAAAGUGGAACCAGAGCCCCCGAGUGUGUCCAAACCAGAAGUUCCAGUAAAGACUGAAGUACCAGAUCAAAAGCUGCCCUCAAAGCCCAAACCAGGACCCUCCCAGACACUAACAUCCGGAGGGGUCAGACCAGUACGAAAGGACCCUGACAGAAGACAUUCUGCAGAGGGGAGAGACUCGGCUCAUAGAACAGGCUUUCACCUGAAACAAGAGACAAAGAGUAAGACGUCUUCUUCGGCUUCAAAGAAACCCGUGUCUGUGGAGGCAAUCAGACGCAGCGUGCGUGACUCCCUGAAAGAAAUCCUUAUUCAGAGGUUGAAAGAGUCUGAUUUAAGCAUCUCUGUGGAGAGAGCUUCUGAAGUUGCCAAGAAGACAGAAAGAGAGCUUUUUCACUUGUACAAAGACACCGACAACAAAUACAAGAACAAGUACAGAAGUCUAAUGUUCAACCUUAAAGACACUAAAAACAAUGUCCUCUUUAAGAAGGUGCUCAAGGGGGAGAUUUCUCCUGCUAACCUGAUACGAUUGAGCCCUGAGGAAUUGGCCUCAAAAGAGUUGGCUGCAUGGCGACAAAGGGAGAACCGACAUACGAUUGAGAUGAUUGAAAAAGAGCAGCGAGAGGUAGAGAGACGGCCGAUCACAAAGAUUACGCACAAAGGUGAAAUUGAAAUUGAAAGCCAAGAACCAGCGAAGGCACCUGAGCCUGCAGAGGUUAAGUCUCCUCCCAGAGCAGCUGAACUGUCAGCAGAAAAACCUCCAAACACCCCGGAGCAGACGGAAGAAUGUGCCAAGACGGAGAAAGACACAACCAACCAACACAAGUCCCACUUGUUUGACCUUCACUGCAAAAUCUGCACCGGCCGUAUGGCGCCCCCUGCAGAAGAGGCUCCAACCAAAGUGGUCAAAGUUGCUACUACAGUUGUGAGGAGGCAGUCCACCAAAGCAGAGGAGACAAAGAGCUCAGCUACACCUGCAAUGGACGACGACCUGCACCUCACAGUCUUAGAGGAGAGCUUAAGAAACGCUAAGUCGGGCUACGAAGGACGGUUGGAUCACACAGCUGGCAGAGACGAACAGGCUGCCUUCCUGUCCAACCUGAAGUCCCUGUGGCACGGAUUAAUUAACAUGCACUGUGUGGCAAAGUUUGACACUAAAGCUUUCCCCGUCUCCGGCAUUUUGGACCACCUGACCGAAGACCUUCCAGACCGCAUUCAAGUGGGGGGAAGGAUUAGCCCACAGACGGUGUGGGACUAUUUGGAGAAGAUUCGGGCAACUGGAACAAAAGAGGUGUGCCUGAUUCGCUUCGCCCCUGAGACGGAGGAAGAUGAGAUCUCCUACACUCUCCUUUAUGCCUACUUCAGCAGCCGUAGGCGCUUUGGGGUGGUGUCCAAUAACCUGAAAGAAGUGAAGGACAUGUAUCUUAUUCCUUUGGGCGCCACUGAAAAAGUCCCACAUCAGCUUGUUCCCUUCGACGGGCCAGGUUUAGAAAACAACCGUGGCAACCUUCUCCUCGGACUCAUAAUCCGCCAGAGACUGAAGAGAGAUUUUCUUACAGUCGACAUGAAUGAAACCGAGAGGGUUGUUCCUGAAAUCCAGCCCAUCACUCUUUCUGCGAAGGAAACCAGAGAAACGGAGAAGGAAGAGAAGUUAUUCCUCUCCUCUUUGACCGCGGUGCAGAGUAAAGAGAAGGAGAAACCUCUUAACACGACUGAAGAAGUUAACGAGCCUAUCACAGAGUCUUCUGAAGAACCAUCUGCGUCAGAGGCCAACAGUCAGGAAUCCCAAAAACCGCUGCGCUUCCUUCCGGGUGUGUUGGUAGGCUGGGGCGGGGAGCUACCACCUCUGCCAGAUGUUGGAUUCAAACCUGCAGCGACAGCCGACGACAUCCAGAAGACCCAACCGGCCCCGAAAACAGAGGCGUCUUCUGGAAAUGUGAAAAGUCCAACAGCUGUUGCGCAACGAGAGCGCUUUGUCAUCAAAAAGAAAGAAGCUAAACCCGUCAAAGCCGAACCGGAGCUCCCCGCCUCGACUGAUUCAUCUGCUGCUAACAACUCGCCAGCCAAGAAGCCCGCGGCGGUGACCCCCGCUGCACCGGUCUCUCUGAAAGAUAAGCCCACAGAUGUAUCGACUGAAGCGUUCCUGGCAAGCUUGUCAACAACUCCGAGUGGGAUCGAAACUAGCAGCAGCGCCGCCUCGGCAAACAAAGGCGAUACCGGCCUCGUUUCUGAAACUGAAAAAGGAACAUCUGAAGGGAAUUCUUCGUCGCAGUCGCACUCCCAGGCUGCCACGGCUCACACAAACAGCUCGAAACCUCCUUUGAGUGGAAUAUUGAAGAAAUCUUCAGCGUUUUGCAGUGCGAGUGAAGAUAAAACAACGGUGCUACAGAAGGAUAAAGCCAGCCACACAGCCCCUUUGAGUCCUAAACCUGUUCCCAGCACUAGAAAUAUUCCAGUUACACUUUUUCACCAGGGAUAUUUGCAGGUUUCUCAGGCCAGAAAUAAACUCGAGGAAGUAAACCAAGCGACAACACGAUCAUUCUUAAGUGUAAAGGAAGAUCCUGGCACGUCCCAGGCAGAUGCUUCAGUAACUCAGACGGCAAAUCCUCCUACAGUCCAAGGACCACAAGCAGCAUGUAACACAGAAGCCUCUGAGCCCCAGCACUACACAGCUGUGGCAUCUGCUCCCCAAGUUGACAGCAGUGCUGUACCGACACCAUCACCAGAGACUCAGGUACCAGACGGCUUCGACUCCACAACCAGCCCUCCUCCUGACACUAACUCCGACCAGGAUCAGAACAACAGCGAGUCGUCCAAUCAGGACAGCACCUCACACGCCAUCCCCGGUCUGGAGGGCUACUCCGAACCCCCCGGCCCGCCUCCAUCUCAGCUCAAAGAGUACAAGCUAGAGGAGCGAUACAGCGACCCGUGGGAGAGGCCGCGGAUCGCCGAGGAGAAAGACCACCAUGGGAGGCACAGCCAUCACAGGGACUCCCAUCACGGGAAAAAGAGCCGACACCACGACCGGGAGCGCGAGAAAAAGCAAGACCGCAGUCAUGACGAUAAGUACAGAGAGAGGAGCAGACACCACGGACACUCAGACGACCGCUACGGCGAGAAGAGGAAAGAGAGGCACAGCGACGACUACAGCAGCCGCCAUAAGGACCGACACAGACACAGGCGGGACUCUGAUUAUGAGAACGGACGCAGGAGUUCCAAAGACAGUUACUCAUAAUUGUGUUUUUGUUAGUUUUUAAAAAGCCCUGCCAGGGCUCUAAGAGAGACUGUUAUCUUGUUGGUUACUCGGCUGGUUCAAACCACUUCGGCUGAAAACGGCUGAUGGCGUUUGGUUUUGUUCACCGGUCUGCAGCUUCAUUGCCAUUUCCUUCCUAGAAGUUUGAUUUUAUGUUCUCGACAGUACAGCCAAAAUGAAUUCAUUUCAAAAGGAUUGUGAAUCACACCAGCAGAGCAGGAGGAACUCAAUAUUGGAAUAUUUUUAAGUUUUUAACCUUUUAUUGUAAAGAAAACAAACAAAUGUGUCCAUAUUGAGCUGCUGUACGGACUACAAACAAUUAGUAAAGGUUUCCAGUCGCGUGCGGACCAUUUGGUGAAAAGUUGCACUCAAACAUUUGGCCUGAAUGUAACACAGACAACACUGAACUGAGGACGGCGGUUCAAACAGCAGCUUUGCUUCUUUUUCAAUUGCUUAAAUAUUUUAUAACCUUACUUUGAAUUGCAAAAGGAUGUACAUUUUGGCUUGUAAUAUACAGUAGAGAUUAUUUGUGCCUUUGCACUGUGUGUUUAUGUACAGUUCGUAAUAAAGCUAAUCUUUUUUUAUUAUUGAUUAUUAAAAAAAAAAAAACGUCCUCUUAUUUCCAUCAAGUUGUAUUAAAUGACCUGGUUACUCUAAAA